GAUGGACGGCUUUACCGAGGAGCAGGUGUCCCUCAUCAAGAUGUUUCAUGACAUUUAUCUCCUUGAGCAAACCCGCAACGCCGACAUGGCCACCAAAGUCGCCGAGGUCCUGGACCACUGGCGAAGCGAGUCCAACAAGGCGUUCCUGAUCCGCUGGAAGAUUGCCAUGGAGCAUGCCUGUGAGAAAGGAGAAUACAACCUUGUCUACCAUCUGCUCAAGGCCUACGCCAACCUCAUCAAGGACAGACCCAUCAUCACCCUCCGCAUGGUGGCCAUGGCUGUCGAGGCCAAGAGCGACGCCAUCUUCGAGCUGUUGCUGGAGUACACCACACGGGACUCCACCAUCGGUCCCCGGAACCCGGACGAGGUCGUCAUCAAUCCUCUCAACAAACUGAACUCAGACCCCAAGAUCCGCCGCGAGCAGUUGCUCUGGCGAUACUGCCGCAUCACCAACCAAGAGCUUGCGCAGCAGCUCGGAGCCUCCUUUGCAGGCAUCAACUGCAAGGCCAAUGUCAACCUGCACCGCCGACAGGUUGUUGCCCAUCUGCUGGAUCCUCCCCAACCCGCGACGCAGCCGGGAGUCGACGUCGUUGCCAACAGCAAGCUGGGCCAGGACUGCAUCUGGUCCUCUGUCGGCCUCGGUGUUCUCGACAUUUCCCGACAGCUCCGCGAAAAGGGCGUCAAUUUGGACUGGAUGGAGGACGACCAUGUCGAGAUCCAGCAGGAGGAGCAGCAAAAGGAAGCCAAUUCUCUUAACCUCAAGACCGUCCUCGAGCCCGUGGCCGUUGCGCUGUAUGCCGCUCUUGGUGGUGCGUGGGAAAGGGGGACCGAGGUUGCCCCUUCUCAUGGCCCCGAGCGAAAUGAAAUCGAAAAGAUCAUCAACAACACCAGUGCCGUCGUCAAGGCCGCCUCGGUCGGCAACUCCGUUUCGGAUCUCCGUGAUGACAUCCUCGAACUUCAGGGGCGCACCUCCGUGGCUGAGGGCCGGAGCAGCACCCUGCGCCGCCGAGCCACCCUCAGAGCCACAGCACCCAGACACACCGGUCGCAUCCUCAUCGACCCCUCCGAUACCGUCUGGACGGCGUUUCUGUCCGGGAAGCUGGAGGAGGUCUCCAAGCUAAUGGACGAACGUGGCAGUACCGAUAUUGGCUGGAUGGAGCCUGCCGCCAAGCUCUCUGCUGCGGAAAACGAGGAAAGGAAGGCGGUGACUUCUAGCGCCGAGAAGCUCUCCAAUGACACCAAGGCCACAUUCGGCGAAGAGACGCCCGACGAUGCCGCCAUCUCAUUCUUCAUGGCCCUAGGAGGGCGGAUAUAGCUGCUGCAACCGACCGCUGUAUGCCGGCUGACAUCGCAUGGCCUGGGGACUACUUUGUCGAGCUCGCUCAGACAUGUUGCUGUUGGCACACGUCCGAUAUGCUAGCUAGAGUCUCUGCUACCGUCCUCUGCCAAGUAACUUUGAAUAUAAGAGCGCAUUCCG